AUGUGCGGAGGACUAAAUUUAAGCAAUGGUUUAGGAUGUUCAGCAGCAUGUAAGUACCAAAACGGACAAUAUCAAUUACAAUUCGCAAGAGAUCGACAAUAUGUCCAUUUUCAACUUACAUAUUUUCGUUAUCCGAUAGGAAUUAACACUUGGACUGGAGUUGCUUUUGGACAUUCAAUGAAUGAUGGUCUUGAUUUCAUUAGCAUACGUAUAUUCAAUAACAACGUAUCAGUAACUGAUGAAUUUGUUCGGGGCUUUACGCAACCGAAAUUGGAUGCUAAACAAAAUAUAAUUGUUCAAUACUCUUCAUUACAUAAUGGGAAUUUACGAGUACGGCUUGCUAAACCAGUAUUCGCAAAUGAUACUGCUGACUUUUCGCUGGCUAGUUGUUUGCCUUGGCAGUUCCCAUUUAUGUUAUCGCCACUCGAUUCUAGUGGAAAAAUUCGUAAGCAUCAAAUUACUCCGCAGGGAGUGGUUGUCUGCAUGGAUCAAUGUCCAUGCGGGCCUGCUUCCACUUCGAGCCGAUGUCAGUUAUGA